UAGGAUCCCGGCGGUCACGUGCACAAUACCCUUUUCCGUGAAGGAGUUCGGUGGGAGCUCCGAUUGGCUGAGAGGCCCUAGCUUGAAAAGUCUGCUGGGUACAGACCGCUCGGCCGCCUCUAGCGCUUCGGUGGGAGUUUAGCAGUGGUGACAGGGACUCAUCUCCUUAUUUGGAGGGAAGCAGCAGAAGAGCUCUGUUUUUGGAAGCUGUAUUGUAUUCCCCAGUUCCACAUGCAUGUAUGACAAACCUUAAAGAGCAUUAGUAGGACAGCCACAAUAAACAGCGAUUUGCAGGCCUUUUUCUCUGGAAGAAAGACAUCCUAUUUUUUUUUAUUAAUAUUUUGCUCAUUUUAAAUGUUUCUCCAUUUUGGCAUCUUUUGUUUUCAGGAAACUUUUAAGAUUAUGUGCCCUUUUGUUUAGACAGCCCUUAGAUUUGAAUUAUACAUUUAUUUGUGCAAACUGCACUUAUUGUUAGAUCUUUCCUGGAAAUCUUCCCCAGCAUAUUGAUUUCUUCUUAUGGCUUUCUUCCUUCAAGCGAGUAACUGGGGUUUGCAGACUUUCCUGGGUAGAUGUUUCCUGUUCCAGCCUGCUUCCACUUGUCAAAAAUCACUGGCUCUCAUGGUUCACCUCCUCAGUAGGGAUCAAGUUAAAGGUUUGCCUUUUACUACAUCUUCCCAAUCUGCAGUACCUCAGGAUCUCAAAGGAGUUCAUAUGCUGCACAAGUCCAGAUCUGGAAGCAGAGAUGGAAAAAAAGAAAAAAGGAAGGAGCGCUCCAGGGAAGAGGACAAGGAGAAAAGUCUUAUGUCCCCGUUCUCUGCUGGAGCUGCCAAACAGCGAUCAGUGAGCCAGCAGACACCUACAUCUAUGAGACUGCCUAGGUUGUCUAAAAAAGAUGAUAUCCAGCCUCCAGAAAAACCUUUGAAUGCUGAGGAGUGGCAGGAAUGGAGGACACGAUUAGAGCAUCUUACAGAUUUUGAAAAUGUAAUGUUACAUCAAAUGAUCAAGUACGAAAGCUCCAUAGAUGUGGCCAAGUCCUUGAUGGCUGAUGUGGUAUUGAGAAAUGGGGAGGUCAAGUAUAAUUUAUUGCUUGGGUACCUGAUUCUGUGUGUCCAGCAGAAGCAGGUGGCAGAAAUUUUUGAUAUCUAUGAUAUAAUGAAACUCAGAUUUAAGACUUUAGACCCUGGGGGUUACAGUCUUCUAAUCAGGGGUCUGAGUGAUACAGAGCGUUGGAGAGAGGCCAUUUUGCUACUGAAGGAGAUUAGAAAAGUUACACCCCCCUCUAAAGGGAACUAUGGAUAUUGUAUCAAAGGGGCUCUCAAUAAUCAAGAUGUACAACUGGCAUUAGAAGUGUAUCAUGAAAUGGUGGCCGAAAAUGUGAUGCCACCCUUGGAUGUGCUGCAGGCCUUUUUUGAUACCUGCAAGGGUACACAAGAUGAUAAAUUAAAAAAAGAACUCUUAGAUAUGCUUCUGUGUUUUAGAGAGAACCAAGUCUAUCCUAAUGAAGCUCUUAUGCAGAGUAUAAAGCUGUGGUUUGAAAGUGUUCCAGGAGAGAAAUGGACAGGACGCUUGACCAGCAUUGAAAAUGGUUGGGGGUGUCCAGUUUGUAACCAGGUCUUAGAAACUAUUGAGCUAAGUAAAAAGGAAUAUAAUAUUCUCAAGAAAAAAAUAAUGAAGAAUGUGAUGCAAGGAAGCGAUAUAUUCAAAAAGACAACUCCCCAGGAACUCAAAAGAUUUCAAGAUUUCAUGGAAAAUCAUCUUCCAUAUGAUAUUGUGAUAGAUGGGCUUAAUAUUGCCGGAUCUGUCAGCAGAAUCGGUGGCUAUAAUGUUCUAUUUGAUGUUGUUUCCUACUUCGCACAGCAGAAUCUGCGGUUGCUUGUGCUGGGCCGAAAACACUUGAAGGAUUUUCAAUCCUGGAAAUGGAAUGCAAUGACUGCCAUGCAGGGGAAAGUAGAUUUCUUUUUUACUGAAAAUAUAUCACAAGAUGAUCCCUUUCUGGUAUACGCCACUCUUCAUUCAGGCAAUCAUUCUAAGUUUGUUACUAGAGACCUUUUGCGAGAUCACAAGGCUUGUUUGCCUGAGAGUAUUCAACAGCUGUUUUUCAAGUGGCAACGGGGACACCAGUUGAUGCCUUUUUCCUCACGCACAAAAAAGAUAUCUUUUGCGCCUAUACUUAGUUACGAUACAGUGGUACAGACUACAGGUGACACGUGGCAUAUUCCAUAUGAUGACCACCUGGUGGAAAGAUAUUCCUAUGAAGUGCCAAGAAAAUGGCUUUGCCUUCAGAGAAAAUAAGAGUGCAGUUUUACAAACUGAAGCUUCAGUCAUUUACUACUGUUGCUAGCUGGCUACCAACCCUCCCUUCAAACCAUGUCUAGUUACAGGAUUAGCAUGCCAUAAUGUGAAUCCUGAAGCUGACUAAAUGUUCAGUUACUAUAUUGAUUUGGUUAAGUUCAUUCAAGUCAGUGACAGUACACCAAGGGUGAAUUUUGACUAUUAUAAUUGCAAACCAUUUUUGUAUCUUACUAGCCGACUUUUUUUUUUUUAAUUACAAAAUUAAUUUUUCCGUCUUUGAAUGUCAUAGCUCUUUUUCUUAAGAAUUUCAACAGGAGAGAGAUUCAAGAAGUUUGAACUUAGGCAUAUUUCUGAAAUUAUACCAAGGAGCUGCACAUUGAACCUGAUGCACCUGGCUCAAUUUAUUGGACCUAGAGUGUCAGGCUGGUGCACUUGAUGUUUACCAUUCACCUUUUAAGUUUAGUAUUGAUCUUUCCUUAAACUAAGAUUUUGUAUGCAAGAGAUUUGUUGCAGAAACAUCAUCUGUUAAGUUUUUGUUUGUGAGCAUAAAUGAAAUCAAGCAAUAUAAAUAACCUGUGGAUUCCAACACUGCAACUAAAUUUUAGUUUCUGUAUUUGCAAAGAUAUACAGUAUUGAACUGAUGUUCUCAUGGAAACAAAUGUGUUUAUUUAAAUAAACAUUGAUUAUGGACAGGCCUUCACUACAGGCAAUGAUAUGGCCUUGAACUCUGUGUAGACUCUUGCAAAUUGUACCUGAAAUUAUAACACCAUAAAGAUGGUGCAGAAUUACAUAAAA